GUACCAAUAAAAACUAAUUUUGACAACAGCUCUUUAGUCGACAAGUUUUCUGUAAAUAACAAUACUGCAUUAUUGUUGAAUAGCUCAUUUCAGAUAUCAGUUGAUGAUCAACAAUUACAAAGCAGUGUGUUUCGAUCUUCUAUGUCAGUUCAAGCCUGUGUGAUGCCAUAUAAAACGCCCCCGGUAUACACUCGAAAUAGUUUGUCGUCAAGCAUCAGCAGCAGUGGUUCAUCUGCAUUCGCAGGACUUAGCCGUCUUAAACACAUAUUGAAUGACAGCAUAUUCUCACAAAAUGCAAAUAAAGUAAAAAGAGAAAGAGAAAAAGCACCAGAACCAGUAUGGCCAAACUCUGACCAAGGCAUUGUCCGACAUUUAAUCGACUUACAGAAAUUCGACGGUCUUUGGGAUUUAACAAAUGAACAAAUUGAAAAACUGACAAACAAAUCACUCUCCUCCUAUCAAUCACAACAUACAACUGACCAGCAGAUCAUUUCAUCGGCCAUCGUUAUCGUCGUUUUGGAGCAAAAACGGUUCGAAGAACAAAAGAAACUGUGGCAAGCAUGUGCUGACAAGACCAAACGACGUUUAACUGAAUUACUAAGUGGAAAUGACAGGCUGGAACUGUUACUACAAGAAAUUAGAGGACAAGUUACGACUGACACAUCAGUAAAAGAUAUUUUUAAUUCAUUUAAUCUGUCGUAUGGUGAUAAACCAAUAACAACCGAUGCCGGUUCCAGUAUGGUUGCUGCUCUCAAAAUAACAGACGAAGCAAGAUUUUCAUGUAUGGCCCAUCGAUGUAAUACAGUGUUAGAAACAGCCUGGAAUGAAACAAUAAAGAAACAAAAGGAUUUUGAAAUUUUUUGUAAUUGUGUGAAAGAUUUAAGGAAAUCUUACUUUACAGUUCAUGAUUCAUUGAAUGCUUGUUUUGAAACAUUAGUACAAAUUUUACGUGGAAGAAACGAACAACAUCAGAUAUUUCCGAUUAAUACAGUGCUGUUGGCCGAUAUUGGUGAUCUCAUGAGAAAAUUUGCAUUAAUAUUUGAUCAUUUGGAAUUUUCGAAUCAUCCAGCGCUACAAAACAUUGUUCCUAGUUAUUAUAAAAUGGCUCAUUACUGUCGGAUUGAAAAAAAUGCACCACAACAGAAAUUAAUCAUUAACGCAUUGAAAUCAGAAAUUAUAAAGGCUUUAGACGAUAAAUAUUGGCCUUCAAUAACAACAUUGCAUUGGAUCGCAACAUACCUUGAACCCACAUUCAAACAUCUGGCAUUUGUUGAUGACAAAAAAGAUUCUGAAAUGCGUAAAAAUGAGAUACGAAAAGGAUUGCAUGUCUUGGUCAAUGAUACAUUAAAAAUGAAUGAUAAUGAUCCAGAAGUAUUAACAUCAUCAUCUUCAUUUCUCGUUAAGUCAUCACCACGCAAAAGACGUAAAGAUGAUCCUUUUGCCAAUAUCCGUCAACACAAAUGA